GUGACAAUUACUGAUGAAUCGGGUUUGACCGUUAGCGAUGAACAAUGCGAGCAAUUAAGCACUGAGAUGGAAGCAUUGUUAUCAUCUCGGAAACGUGUACGAAUGCCAAGUUCGAUAUUAUCCGAGCUUUAUCCAACAAUGCCAAGUCCUUAUUAUAAGGAGUCCUUCUUUGGUGCAGUCGAUAUUUCUGAUGAAAAGGAAAGUGCCCAAUAUGGAGAGAAAAUGUUCGCACCAAAAUAUCCAUUCUAUACUGAUUGA